AUGAAAGUGCUGUUGGUUGGUGAUGAUAACUUUACAUUUGCGCAAUGCAUGAUUGAUAACUUGGCUCAGUGGCGGUCUAAAUUGAAUUGUGGGCCGGACGAGCAUUUUUCGUUGGAAGUGACAUCGUGUUUGAGUGAAGCUAAGAUCCCGUUUGAGUUCAAAAACAAUCAUGACAAGGUGAAGGCUCGUACUAUUCCGAUCCAUUAUUCCGCAAAUCCCGCGUUACUUCGUCAAUAUUUUCCAUCUGUUAAACCUGGGAACAUCACAGGUCCUCCUUAUGAUGUUAUUGUUCAUCUUCUUCCGGGUUUACAAUACGAGGGGGCUCCGCGAUUUAUUGACCGCACAAGUCCGCUGUUCCAGUUGAGGAUUCACCUUUAUUGGUUUGCCAUUGCCAAAAGCAGUACAGUCAUCUGUCAAGAUAAAGGCAUGAUUUUAUACAUAUGGAUCGAUCAAGAGCAGCUUCGACCGGAGGAUGCCGCAGCCUCUCAACUGCCUUUCCCACUCGUGGAUGUCGAAAAGCUAGGACCGUUCUGCAAGAUACAAAGAUGCAAGGAGGAAGACUUUCCGUUGAACUUGACCUGGGGUUCUUACAAGACGGCGUGGAAGCCGUUGAUCCACAAUGCGGAGUUGUGGCAUUUCCCAGCGUACUUGGAGAAGAUGAAGGUCUACGUGUUCCGCAACGAGUCGGUGGUACCGAACGCGAACAUAAACCCGGAUGAGUACAAUCUGUUGAAGAUUCCACAGUCUAUUUGUCAGUGGAAUCGGCAGGUGUUGAGUCAUGUGAAUGAGUUGUUCCAUUUCAACAUGCGUACAUCGACGCCGGGUGAGAUGUUACAGAUUUCGAAGCUGUCGGUUAAGUAUGACCCACGUAUCAAUGGUUGGCGCAACAUGGGUACGCCGGCGGCGGUUCCGAAGAAGCAGGCGGCUCCGCAGUGUGAGUCGUGGUCGACGCUGCUCAACAAGAGCCAGCAGCAGUUCAGCACGGCACCACCGCCGGUGAUCGAAGACCGGCCCUGGUAUGCCACGGACCAGGCAGGCAGCAACAAAGACACCCACCCACGAGGCCCCGGUGGACCCCCACCGUCGACCAUGACUAGCGCUGGUACAGGCCCCACCGCCGCCCCCUCUGGCGCCAGCCCAAAUCCCCUCGACAGCUGGGCCGACUACAUCCCCCAAAAGGGUGCGCCCACUACCGCCACAGCACCGACUGACAUUUACUCCUCUUGGGACUCACCUGCUCUCCAGACCCCCGCGGCGGCCGCCCCCUCCGGCAACCCCGCAGAUAUCUACUCUUCGUGGGAGACCGCCACUGCACACGCUCCCGCCGCUGUGCCGGCCCGAUCCUACGACGUCUACGGGUCCUCUCGGAACGCGGAACCCUCUGACAGCUGGAAGCAAACCGGAGAUAACUGGAAACAGCCAGGUGGUGGUGGAGACAGCUGGAAACAGUCAGGUGGUUCAGACAAUUGGAAGCAGCCAGGUGAUGGGGACAGCUGGAAACAGUCAGGUGGUGGUGGAGACAGCUGGAAACAGUCAGGUGGUUCAGACAAUUGGAAACAGCCAGGUGGUGGAGACAGCUGGAAACAGUCAGGUGCUGGAGACAGCUGGAAACAGUCAGGUGCUGGAGACAACUGGAAACAGCCAGGUGCAGGGGACAACUGGAAACAGCCAGGUGCAGGGGACAACUGGAAGCAACCUGGUGGAGAUAACUGGAAACAGUCAGGUGGCGGAGACAACUGGAAACAGCCAGGUGGUGGGGACAACUGGAAACAGCCCGGUGGAGGGGACAGCUGGAAACAGCCAGGUGGUGGGGACAACUGGAAGCAAACUGGUGGCGGAGACAACUGGAAACAGCCAGGUGGUGGGGACAACUGGAAGCAAGCUGGUGGCGGAGAUAACUGGAAACAGUCGGGUGCUGGAGACAACUGGAAACCGGCAAGAUCACCGGGAUAUGAUGCGAGCCCUGCCGGGGCGCCUCCCCGUAGCUACGACCCCACUUCUGCUCGCAACUACGACGCUCCUCCUGUCAGGACCUACGAAGGCGCUCCUCCGCGAAACUACGAGGGAGCUGCUCCUCGUGCAAGGGAGGAGACCAGACGGACAACACCGGCGACGAAAAAGAAUAGUUGCAAGCCACCGGAAUCUGAUCCGGAGCAUCCCGCUGGAGUCCCGCUGAAGGCUAGAUGGCGCGCACACGAUGACGUAUGCGUUGUGUAG